AACAACCCUGAUGGACAUCCAGACGGGUCCGCUGGUGCCGCUGGGCGCCAUGGAGAGCCUGGAGAAGCAGCUGAGCUGUCCGAUCUGCCUGGACAUGUUCACCAAGCCAGUGGUGAUCCUUCCCUGUCAGCACAACCUCUGCCGAGGCUGCGCCAACGACCUGUACGAGUCCCGGAACCCCUACCACUUCUCCGGGGGAACCUUCCGCUGCCCCACCUGCCGCUUCGAGGUGGUCCUGGACCGGCACGGCGUGUACGGCCUGCAGAGGAACCUGCUGGUGGAGAACAUCAUCGACAUCUACAAGCAGCAGCAGGAGAGGAAGGAGGAGGACGUUCCUCUGAAGGACGGAGACUCCAAGCAGCCGCGCUGCAAAGAGCACGAGGAGGAGCACAUCAACAUCUACUGCCUGAGCUGCCAGACGCCCACCUGCUCCAUGUGCAAGGUGUUCGGCCAGCACCGGGACUGCUCCGUGUCCCCGCUGCCCGCCGUCUACCAGAGCCAGAAGAACGAGCUGCGAGCCGCCGUGGAGCUGCUGGCCGUCGCCAGCGGCAGCGUCCAGGCGGAGGUGGAGCAGCUGGAGGAGACCCGCAGACGGCUGGAGGAGAACGCAGAGCUGCAGCGGCGGCGGCUGGGGGAGAGCUUCGACCUGCUGUUCGCUCUGCUGGAGGAGAAGAAGAUGCAGCUGCUGGAGAGGGUCGACGGCGAGCAGCGGGACCGGACGGCAGCGCUGCAGGCGCUCCGGGAGCGGUACCGGCAGCAGCUGCAGCAGAGCCAGCAGCUGCAGGAGAAGCUGCAGCAGAACCUGCAGAGCUGCGGCGUCGCACAGUUCCUGGUGGCGGCCAAACCGCUGCAGGAGGAGGCCCGACGGGCAGCGCAGGAGAACCAGCUGCAGAGACCCGAGGCCGGCCUGGAGAGCCUGGAGCACCUCCAGGUGGACUCCCAGCAGCUGGAGGCUCUGCUGGCCCACAUGGACUUCAGGAAGGACGAGUGACGGACGCAAAGCUUUUCUACAUUUUUAUACUUUUCUAUGUCUUAUUUAUUGUGCUUAAACUGUGUUCUGCUGUAAGGUGUCAAUAAAGUUUUACUGGACUGA